AUGUCUGAUUUUAACUUAGCUGAAUAUACUACAAGAUUUCAAACUUCGGAUAAGGAAUCCUAUACCGAGGUUAAUAAUGCGAACAAUGAAUUGAACAUAGUUACAGAUAGAUUGGCGGUUUCAUCUGAGCAGAUUGAUGCUGAUCCAGAAACAUUAGAAUCAUUUAUCGACCUGUGUCAUGGUUUCCAAUACUUGUCAUCGAAGCUUCAAAAGCAGCUUACAUACCUUAUUAGUUCUUCAUUAAACCAUUUGGUGAGGGAUGUUAACGCACAACUGUCUUCAAACUCCGAUUAUAAUGAGGUCAACUCACUCAUACCACAAUGGAAAAGACAUCUGGAAGAGUACGGUUACUUAACCCAUGUGGUAUUGACAUUUCUACAAAUCACUGUCCAUGACGCCGCUUCGAAAUCAUCAAAUGCGUCAAAGAAGAAAUCUGCCAAUAGCGAAACAGUACAAAAGUUUAAAAACUGCUGUAAUCAAAUUGAAUGCCUUUUGGAGCCAGUUAUUAUGCUAUUAGAAAUAAACUUGUCACGUAUAUUUCAGACUACACCAGAAAGGGAUCUUUUCAUUAGCCUUUUUGUCAGACCUUUAAAUGUUCUUAUAGAAGCAGAGGCCGUCAUAAAACUUCCAUCACUCAAGAUGUUUAUACAAAGAGUAAUUGCCCUAUCUGUCAAGAACCAUGGACAGGUCAGAAUUGCACAAAACACAAUAAUGACAAACCUGACCUACUUUAUCCACUUAUCCAAUUUUAACGCUGAGCUGCUGCAGUUGCUCGAUGACGAAUACGAUUUUCCACAAUUAACUGAAGAUCUAUUGAAAGAAAUAAGUACUAGGGUAUUUAGCGCGAAAGAUACAAACGGUCCAAAAGCAAUCUCGAACUUCUUAAUAAAGCUUUCAGAAUUAUCUCCGAAUAUUAUGCUACGACAAAUGUCUUUGGUUGUUCAACUUCUCAACAAUAGUUCAAUCACUUUAAGAUGUUCAGUGGUAGAAGCAUGUGGUAACAUUGUGGUUAGGCUUGCGAAGGAGCCAUCAACAUUGGAACAUUACCAUCAACAAAUUGCCAUCCUAUUAGAGCUCUUACAAGAACGUUUUCAAGACUCUAAUCCUUAUGUAAGGACGAAAGCCAUCCAAGGCUGUGUAAAAGUAUGUGAGUUGAAGUCUAAGUUUAGAAAAGAAAGGUACGAGAUUACCAAAUUAGCAGUACGUUCUUUGGAAGAUAGAUCAUCGUUAGUUAGAAGAAAUUCCCUGAAAUUAUUAUCUAAACUACUAUUAACACAUCCAUUUGUCGCUGUUCAUGGAACACAAUUAAAAUUGAGCAAUUGGAAAAAGUAUCAAGCAUUAGCACUGGCCAGUUUGGAAAAAUAUGAGAAAGAAACAGAUAAUAACGAAAUUGAAAACGAAGACGAUGAUGGCAACAUGGAAAUAGAUAGAGAACUCAGUUCGAACGGAUAUGUCCCUACUGGUAAUGAAUUAGCCGAUAUAGAAAAUGAAGCAGAGCAAUCAGAAACACCAGCCGCAGAGACUGUUAUGAAACUGAAGCUGAUUGCAUUAUACUACAAAGAGGCUAUAGCUUUUAUCAAUUUGAUACACAAAGCGAUUUAUUCUGCUUCUGGCUUAUUAUUCUCAAGAAAUAGAAAUGAAGUUCUAGAAUGUAUGGAUUUCAUAGUUUUAUCAGAUGCCUAUGGAAUAGAGUGUAGUAAUGUUGGUAUAAAGAAGAUGUUACAUCUGGUUUGGAUGAAAGGCAACUCUGAUGAGGGAACAAGUGUUAGCUCUCAUUUGAUUGCAUGUUAUCAACAAUUGUUUUUAACAACUCCAGAAAAUAUUACUGCAAAAGAGAAAGCACUUUACAUUGCCAAAAAUCUCAUACAAUUGACCGUUGAUGCGACAGUUUCAGAUCUAACAUCUCUCGAACAAUUACUAGGUAUGAUGUAUGAACACAAACUGAUUAAUGAAAUAGUUAUAAACACACUUUGGGCAAUUUACAACACAGCUUCCAAUGCAGAUAAUGGCACCGAGAAAUCAUUUGUUAAAAAUCAAAUUCAUGGUGCAAUCAUUGUGCUAGGAAUGCUAGCCAAUGUUAACAGCGAUAUAAUAUUGAAGGGUAUUGAUUCUAUUUUAAACAUUGGCCUGGGAAGUGCUGGUUUUGAUGACCUUAUCCUUUGUAGAUAUUCGUGUAUUGCACUGGGACGUGUAGUACCCAAGAAAAGUUUAUUCCUAGACAGUAUAUUAUCCGAAGAUCAAGAAAUGCAGGCAGUGCAGAAGCUAGGACAACACAUAAUAUUUGCAACAACCAACCCAAAUUAUUUUGCAAUGGCUGAAAACGCAAUAAACGCACUUUUCAAUAUCUCCUCUAAGCCAGAUAUAGUAAUCGCGGACCUUAUAAAAGAAAAGACAAUGAUGACAUUUGGAAAACCUGAAAAUGACAGUUCUAUCACGUCAACUGAUAUAUCAAGGACGGAUUCAUUAAGCCAAUUGUUAUUUAUAGUAGGCCAAGCUGCGAUUAAGACACUAGUAUACUUGGAAAAAUGUGAAGCAGAAUUUAAGAAAAGAAAAAUAGAGGCUGAAUCUAAAAUCGGUCAAGAAAAGUCAAAGAAUGAAGGACCAACAGAUCCAAAUGCAACCGCUAACGAGACUAAAGAUAAUGAACUAGAAAUGAUUGGAGGUACAAAUGAAGAUGACUUUGCAGAUGCUAUCAAUUAUGUGAAAGAAACUGAGCUUUUAUUUGGGCCUGAGUCACUCUUUGGUAAAUUUUGCCCAAUUGUCGAAGAAAUUGUUUCUAAUAGUACUAGAUUCCAAGACGUUGUGUUACAAAGAAGUGCUGCCCUUUGUUUGGAGAAGCUAAUGUGUAUAUCUUCCAAAUACUGUGAGAAGAGUCUACCUUUAUUGAUUACAGUGAUGGAAAAAUCGAAAGAUCCUGUGAUAAGAUCAAACGCAGUUUUAGGUCUUGGUGAUAUGGCAGUAUGUUUCAAUAAUCUGAUCGAUGAGAAUACAGGUUUCCUAUAUCGCCGUUUACAUGAUAAGAACUUGAUGGUCGAAAGGACAUGUUUAAUGACAGUUACCUUUUUGAUUUUGGCAGGGCAAGUGAAAGUAAAGGGCCAAUUGAGUGAGAUGGCUAAAUGUCUAAUUAAUCCUGACCAAAAUAUUAGCGAUAUGAGUCGGUUAUUCUUCUCAGAACUUGCUACAAAAGAUAAUGCUGUUUAUAACAGUUUUAUUGAUAUUUUUAGUAAUUUGUCUGCUGAUACAGAUAUUACUCAGGAAUCAUUCAAAAAGAUCAUGAAGUUCUUAACCUCAUUCAUAGAAAAGGAAAGACACCAGAAACAACUUGUGGACAAACUGAUUGGGAGACUAGCGAAUUGUGAUGACCAGAAGCAAUGGGAUGAUAUUGCGUAUGUGUUGAACACUUUACCAUAUAAAGAUGACAGAGUUGCCCCACUCUUAGAAGCUGGCUUUAAGAUGGUGGAGGCCAAAGAAUGA